GCAGCUGAUCAGACGCGAACGUCGGAGCACCCAGGAAAGGAGCCAAGGCAAGGCCCUGCUCCCUUUUCCGCUUUACGGCGAACGGGCGAACCUCGACCCUUCUCCGCCCACCUUUCACUGAGCCUGUCAAGAGCAUCUCCAACGCGCAUCUUCUUGCCUGAUUGCCGACAUCCUCUGCGAGUCAUGCUCUCGCUGAUACCUGGCGUGUCCUUGUUGGGAUCAUGGCGAAGCAGCGAGCCGUCUCCGCACGGUACUGAUAUGGCGUCGGCCUCUAUCGACAAUGCUCACACGCAUUCGAGUAGCACAACCUCUUACUCGCCACCGUCACGUCUGCACACGCUCAGAAGGCGCGCCAAAGGUGACAAUGCACCUGAUCUGAUUCCAGGAGCAGGGUCAAAAGUACCUUGGGAACUGAUGCUGGACAUACUCGAUGCAGCAGCUCAGCAAUCGAGCGAUACUUGCGCUAUGCUGUGUCAACUGAGCAAGCUCCAUCAACUUCGCUACACACCCAUUCUCUAUCGCGCUCCAGAGCUUCGUGAAGCUGAAUCCGUUGGGAUGCUCAGGCAGACUUUGGCUUCUCGACCUGAUCUGGGCAGGUUGAUCGUAGCUUUGCUCGUCCUCGGGGAUGCUUGUCCGGCCGCACCCAUCGCUCGUCUCUUCGAGGAUGACCCUGCUCCCAACAAUCCUCGAUACAGGAUGGCUAUUCAUGACUACACUGCUUCAUCCAGGUCUGGCUGCUUUGGGACCAUGGGAUCGCCUACAGCUGACAGGAUAUUGCAAUUGUGUCCCAACGUUCGGACACUGAGCAUCGAUAGGCGCUUCUGUUGGGACUGGAGUCCGGGACUGUACGCCCUCAGGCGGGCGAGGGAAAUGACUCUGCUUAAUGUAGAAGGCUCCCAUCUGUUUGUGGGAAUGCAUGGAUGUAGGCGUGAUGUGGUCCCGGUUCCCAGGCCGGGAGAGAUUCCUACACAUGAAGGGGUGCGGAGGCUGCACCUCACACACUUUCACAAGGACUGCCUGCCUGGCUUGUUCACCGCAAGGUCCUUGACUCAUCUGGUGCUCACGUACCCACAACUACCUCCGCUCGGCCCAACGGGCUUCAUGUUCCCAAUCAUUGGGCGUGGGGUUGUCAUGGCCCUGCUUUCGGCGACUGUCAGUCCAGAUGACCCAGGCCAACGAAGCGGUUCCUCCACAGCACCGGCUCUUCAAAAGCUCAUCGUACGAGCUGAUGUUUCCUCGCUCGCUGCCAUCGCUGAUGAAUUGAGACCCAUCGACGAUGAGAGGCUCCGCUUCCGCGUGAUCGGCAAAGCCUCGUCGCAACGCAAGGUGGACGUGGCAGACGAAUCGGGCCCACUCGACUUGCUCAAAGAGCAUCAAGCAAACGCUGUGCGGAGCAGACGACAAGUCAUGUUUGAGCUUGCCGCGUCUGGGCAUCUGCAUUCCACGACGAGCACAGUUGGAGCGACUGGAUCUGGAAAGGCUCGCUACGAAGAGUGGCCGGUGGGCCAUGCAGCAGCAGACGACGACGACCUUCCUCUUGCGGCACCUUGGAAAGACGAAGCUGACGACGUGCUAGGCGCUACCGCGCAAGGCUUUGCUUGGCUCGAUGCUCAAGCAAAGUCGCUGUCUAAUACAGUCGCUAGUGGAGCAGCCGACGCAGGCUCGGAACCUGAGCAGACGCUCGCCGACGACGUGGCAAGGCUGGUCAUAAAUUAAUGUGCUCGGCGCUUCCCACGAGCUUCUAUUCUUCACGACGAUUCAGACAUUUCCCAGACAAUCCCGAGCAUUCCAAUCAUCUUG